AUGGUAUUUGAUAUUAGCCUAUUCAUUAUUAAACGAUUACAAUUGGCUGAUGUGAAUUUUGAUAAAAAAUUUUGCAAAAGUGUAUUUAAUAAAUUUAUUUGUGAUUAUAUCAAAAUGGAUGGCGCAUUUGUUUUAAAAAUGAUAUCCAUUCAUGCUGGCGUAGUGAUAUCGAUGGAAAUUGCUGAUGCAUUGUGGGAAAAUUUUAUCGAUGAACAAGAAGAUAUGGAUGAAUCAAGAAAAUUGACAAUCAAUGACGAUUCGAAGCAUUUUGAAAGCGAUAUUUUGCGUCAUAAGAUUAGUGCACUUGUACCAUUGAUGUCCCGCGAGAAAAAUCGUCCUUUUCAUAGAAGCGCAAAUAAUUGGUGA